CAGCAGUUUUUUGAGGAAGAGAUUUGGUCUUCUGGUUCGAGACAAGUGAACCUCAUUUUGAAGAAAAUCACCACGAACGUCAAUGACCCGGGUUGGUUCCUGUUAACAGACCACUUAUAGGUGGAUUUAUCGAAACCGUGGGACAUUUUUAUAUUCAUUGGAGAAAGAAAAGAACAAUUAUUUGUAUAAGGGAAGGACAUUUUUCCGGAAGGAAAUACACAUAACACGCAAUCGCAUACGAAAUGUUAUCGAAUGAUUCAAAAGGAUAGGACUAAGAACCUAUAGCUAAUAGUGCUAUCCAAAAGAAGAUAACCUUCAAAAGGACUUACAGAAAGCCAAAAAAUAUAUAUUGAUUAGGUGACUAAUGUUAGCAGCGUCAAACCAAAGUUCAUUCCUUUGCAGACAACGGCGUUACGAAAUCGAUUUAAUUCCAAUUUGCCAAAUUUCAUUGAACUAUUAACUUGACAGACCACACAUGAGAAUUUAAAGAACAAAUCCUCGUCUUGACAUUUAUUGAGAGAAAAGGCCAGGUUCGAAAGGAAAAUUGCCUCCCCCAAUGCACCAGAUUUAAGAGUUCUAUAACCAUAACAGCAGCGCAUCUAGCACAUUCUGUUUUGGCAGUCUACACGCGUCACGAAGCUGAAAAAAAUCACCUCAGCAAAGCCCCUCAACAGUUUUCUCAAUCUGCGCUGUAUUGCCAAUGUGUUUUGUUCAGUCUUGCGGCUAACUCACACCACCAUAGCGAAUGGACAGCAGCCACGUUGAUUUUUUAUAGAAAUCACACAAUCGACCGUGUUAUUGAUAAGUCCUUUAUAUUAACUGCACGAUUGAGAGGUAACUUAAAUGUAUAUGCAUCGAUGAAAACGUCUGGACUCUAAUUCAUUGCCACUGUCUCGUAUCUGCACUGUACGUCGCGCAGUGAAGAACAGAUUGCGUUUUUAAAUGAUUGCGUGGUCGUCAGCGUUCCGAGCUGCUUGCGGGGGCUUAGACCCCAAUUACGCAACUCAUAUUACUUGGAGCUGCCUAAUACCAGUGCUUCAUUUGGAUUGAUCUAUCUCUUUCAUUCUGUAAUUUUCGAGAUCAGCUGAACACUUACAUUGACGUGUUUGGGUUGUUCAACACAGCGGGCGGCCAGGUUGGUACCGUAGAUGAACCAUUAUACUGGUGCUAUUUCCAAGAGGAAGUGACAAGUUUUCACAACAAGGUUAAGACAAAUCAACGGAGGUUUUAAAAUAACGACACGACAGAACAAAACGUGUCUGGAUAUGAUAUUAAAUUACUGAGAGGAAAUCACGACUAUCACGUGACAUCGUGGGAACAAAUAUUCUCGAAAACAAGAAGUCGGGCUAUGGUACAUUUGAUCUGUAAUAUACUAAGUGAAACGCUUAAGAUACCCCUAAGUGUACAUUGCUUAUAGAUAGUGAUUUCCAAGGAAGAAGACUAAAUAUUUUAUUCAUGACUCUGUCAAAACAACUUAUUUUCUGAUUUUUUCCCUGGACAACGAAUGAUCUCAUCAUUUUUACAGGAGGCAAAGAAGACUAAUGUAAUCGUCCCUUCAUGUGGACAGAGUUCCCUUCAAAUACAUGAAUAAUUCACUGAAGGUCAUCUUAAAAGAAACAUACAUAGUGUCAAAGACCGUUGGAGGAAAGGAAGUACAGCAAAUUUACAAAAUACAAUUACACAUAUAUAUAUCGCCGGCUAUGAAAGAAAACAACAUUGGACUGUACUUAUAAAGACACCAUCAGCGUGACAGGAAAGAGUCCAUUAUAGAGGCAUUUGGUUAUUCUUUGAAGACAAAUCAAAUGGUAUAAAAGCGCUAAAGGAAGAAUAAUCAACCGAUCUUUCACCCACGGUAGAAAAUAAUAAAAUACGCUGCAAACAAGAGAAAGGAAGAAAAAAGCCCAACAGGAGAUUGGCCAAUCAUAGGGCAGAUUCCAAAGUGUUUAGAUACAAUACAGGUCUUAACAGAAACACCGUUUUGACUGCAUAUACAUGUACAUAAGGAACACAGUUGAUCGGUGCAUUUUCACCUGAUGAUACACUCCGGGAUGAUAGCGAACAUGGUGACGGCUGCUAUCCAGGUAAAGUCCUUAUUCUAUUGUUGAAGCUGCUGCCACGGUUUGAGAAUCAGUCUCAGCGACACGUGGUACCUGGAAAUACUGAGAGUAUUGGGCAGCAGACGCAAAUAUCAUUAUCUCGAAAGUACACAUUUCAAGAUUCUUACGGAUAUAUAUUUUGACACACCAGACAGUACGAGAUUGGACAGCGUGGUUGCAAAUGCGAACAGUGCUUUUAUCUUAAGUUGAAAAUGUUUCCUUAUAUUCGAACAUCAACGGAAGAAAAAUAGCAACGCUCGCUCUCGGUCAUUUGAUAGAAGAAAACAAAAUAUUCGCUAAUCAGGAACGGAAAUUUGCUCGCGGAUGAAUUCAGGCGCUGCAUUAUCGCGGAUUUAGCCAACAAAGCCUGUAAUAAAAGCAUAGAGCAGUAGACGGGAUUUCUGCCUGAUGUUUCCUGAUUGGUUACGGCUUGAAGGGUUUCAGAGACAUUAGUGCAGGAAGCCGUCCGCUGGCUGUGUUCUAAGACGAACUCCGGGGUAGUUCUCUGGAAGCAAAACAGAGACGUUAAUCUUGAAGAAAGCCACUGGUGGCACUGUUUUCAAGCUUUUGUGGUUCCUUGGAAAAAGACAACCGUGAAGAGAUAUAAUCUUGGAGAAAGCCACUACUGGCACUGUUUUAAAGCCUUUGUGGUUCCUGGGAAAAAGACAACCGUGAAGAGAUAUAAGUGUGACAACUGCGCACUUGGCAAAGUCUACUGAUUAGCGCCAUUAGCAAGUAAACGGAAACUACCGCCAGUGCUGUCGCUUUUUAUACUGACGCAAGAGACCUGUUAUCAUAUGAUACGAUAGCUCAGCAAUCUAUUCCUUGCGACAUUGACAUUUACACGUCUAUUAUAGGGAUAAAAAAGACCAGAUAAUGUGCAGAUAAUCUGAACAAUUUUCAACGAGUGAAAUAACAAAGACUGGUAAAAAAAGAAGGGUGAUUCCGGGCCGCCAGCAGGCAGCGGAGAAUAAAGUGAGUCGGUAUUAGGUGCCUCUGUGCAAGAGCCAAAAAAACCUUCAACUGGUCUAAAAAUACAACAAGUCCAUUUGUAUCAGGAAGCAUCCAUCGCGCCUCUGCACAACAGAAAUCAGAGACCCGCCAACCGUAUUAAUUGGACAAGGUUUUGUAUAUUGACACCUGGUCAUACGUCCAUCCAACUAAGCGACCCAGAACCCGCAGAACCAUAUUAAUUAUAUUAACGCUAUUAGAAAGCCAUUACAGACAGAGAUAGCAUGGCGCAAGUGUAAUACCACACUAUCAAAGGCGAGCUUUUCGACACCUGAGAAUUCAACAUAAGAUACAAUAUGGAUAAUUUCACAUUGAGUGACCAGGAUAUGGAGCAGAUGGACAAUGGGCCAACAGUACCAGAGCUGGCCGUGACGCUGUGUAUGCUGGCCCUCUUCAUGAUCACAGGUACGGCAGGGAACGCUCUAGUCCUCUACGUGUACGGACGCAAGAAGGAGAACACGAGCACGAGGGUGUUUAUCAUCACCCUGGCCGUCAUUGACCUGCUGUCCUGUGCGAUUGUGGUGCCUUUUACUAUCGUCGUUGAGUACACGCGGUACAGACUGCUCGUGGACUUUCUGUGUAAGUUCUACCAAUUUUUAGUCACGUCGACGAUCCCCAUGUCAGCUUUUGUAAUGGCCGCUAUAGCUAUAGACCGGUAUAUUUGUAUCUGUCAUCCAACGAGGAAUAAAAUCACCAUAGGACAAGUCAAGAUUGCUGUGGCUGUUCUUGGAGCGCUUGCUUCAAUCAUGGGCAUAAUGACAGCACUGUGUUACAAAGCUGCAGCAGGGACAGUCUACUUGCAAAAAUGUAAUGAAACGCUAUGUGAAAUUGAGACUUUGGAGUACGAACAGCUCCCAGAAAUCUAUUCUCCUAGUGUGAACGAGACGUUUUUGAAUCCCUCUGACGCUGCACCAAGGGGAACGUGUAUCUCGGAUACGGCAUUGCUUGGGGAAGGCUUUAAACCGAUAUACAGAAAAGUCCAUGCGUCUUUGUAUGCGGUGGUGUUCCUUAUUAUUAGCGUCAUAUACUUCUUGCUUUUCAUAAGCGUGCAGAAGCACAAUUGGCGCAGAUCGAAGCUGUUGGGUAGCCAAAAAGCACGUGCGUCUAUGAUGCCCCGCGCUACCAGCUUGAACGGCAACGAAGCAGACGACAGAGGUGACCAAUCUCCGCACGCUGGUGCCAAUGGACACACGUGCGAAACACGUGGGGUGCAUGACGUCCCCAUCAUGCAUGAGGAACCCACAAUCAAUUUAUUGGCACCACCAAUACCGCUUGAAUCGCCAAAAACCGACACGCCCUCAAAAAAGAGGAAACCUCGCCGAGAAAGAAUAAACAGUGAUGUGAAUGACGUGAAGAGACUCGAGAAGAAAAUAUCUAGAGAGAUGUACCUUAAAGCUAAUAUAAAAAUUGCAAUGAUGCUUUUUGUGGUCACGCUAGUGUUUGUAGUGACUUAUCUCCCCGCAGCUUUAAUGGCGAAUGGUGCUGUUAAAUAUAAAAUCUAUAUAUUCUAUUGUUACUUUAUAAACAAUAUGGCCAAUCCAGUAAUUUAUUCGUUCAUGAAUAAGAAAUUUAGACAAGACUUGAAACAAAUUUUUGCGAGAAGGAGAAAUGCAAGAGGAAAUUGCAAGAACACGCAUCUCACGCACUGCUGAGAGUAACACGAAGAACAAUACCAAACACAUUGGUCAUUAUGAUGUUUCUUUUGUUUACUGCAAUGAAGCUGAGUAUUCUGUUUCGUGUGGAAAUAUAUUCCUUGAAAGUAUACUGUAUUAGGCGGCUGUCAGUUAACGUAUGUGUUCCGUUUUGUUCUUGCAUAUGAUACUAAAUUCAUGUCAGAUUCUGUGACGUUUUGGUAACAUUGACCUAUAUUGGCAUAAUUAUUGUAAGAUGUGGAGCAGAAUA